ACAAUGUCAUUUUCGCAUUUGCGAAUUUGCCAAAUUAUUUCAAUAGAAGAAAAUAAAUAAUUUCAUAAUAUUUCAUAUAGUUUAUGUGUUGUCUGUAAAUAAGUAUGAGCAAAUAAAUCAGUUUGUGUUGUGAUAAGUAUAACAAGCCAAUCUACUAUACUUUUCCUAUUUAAUAUUAUAAUAAUUAUGAUAGUGUUUUUUUAUAAAUAAAGUAAGUAUUAAAUAUUAUGAGGAAAUACAGAAAGCUGUAGUGAUUUUAAAAUACUUGUUAAAUGAAUUGCCUGUUUGUAUAAUAAGUAUAAAGAUGGAUUGGAGUGCUGUGAGAAAUCAUUUUAUGCAGACUUGGUUGACCACAAUCUUGAGUUUGAUUUUAUUUACUGGUGUCACAUACUUCUUGCUUUGGGCUGAGAGCCAAACUAUUCAAAGUAACCUGAUGCUUGAAGAACUGGUGUCUGCAGCUGAGGGUGUUGAUGUCCACACAGGAGACGAGGCUGCAAAGUAUGAAGGUCGUGUUGUCCACAUUAUUGGGCCUUUACGAAUCCUGGAACCAAUAUCUGAACCUGAUUACAAUAUACAAGUACAAGCUGUUAAGCUGAGAAAAAGAGUACAAAUGUAUCAGUGGAUAGAGGAGACUACAGAACAGGACAAUUUCCUGAGUGAGCCAGCAGAAGAAUCUCAGAAGACAUACUGGUACCACAAGGAUUGGCGAGACGUGGUGGUGGACUCAUCUUUGUUUUACAUAAGACCGGGUCAUCACAACCCACCCUCCAUGCCAAUGUUCAGCGAGACUCAUAUUGCUGAAAGUGUUAAAAUCGGAUGGUUAUAUUUAGGUGUGGAUGUCAAGCGCAAAGUGAAUGAUUACUAUGAGAUAUGGUCUGAUUCAAGGCCAGAGCGGAGUGAUAUUAAACUACACUCUGGAUUUUACUACCACGGCGACAGCGCGCUGGAACACGAGAUCGGUGAUCUUCGCAUACAUUUCUCUUACGCGGGCCGAGAAGAUGAUAUUUAUACUGCAGUGGGCGUGGUAGAAGGCGAUGUCCUACAGGCCUACAGUCCAACAAGAUUCCCUUCUGCGGAUCCCAUCUGUCUCCUACGCAAAGGAUCCUACAGUUUGAAGCAACUGCACGAUAUUGAGAGACGAGAUGCCAACCUGCAUACAUGGAAAUAUCGACUUCUAGGAUUUGUUCAAGUUUUUGCAUCCGCAAUGACUUUGCACCCUGAUUGGGUAACUCUAUUUCUGCAAUGUCAAUGGAUAUCAAGUAAUUUAAGACGGUGCACAAGAUUUUGGGUGAACUUAGUUCUGUCCUUUUCGUAUACGCUUUUCAUCAUCGCUAUUCCUUGGUUAGUUCACAAGCCAACGUUUGGUGCGAUGGUCCUAGGGGGUGCAAUGGUGCCUCUUCUACAUUACUCAACACUCCUCACCAGGCGUGAUGCUAACCAAGACCCACCUCCUUACAACAGAUGGAACAACAAUCCACAUUGAAUAAACCACGUGUAAAAAUCAUCGAUUAAAUAAUAUACGUUGGUCUCAAAUACCUGGCAACAUUAAGGAUGGGUGGAGAACAAAUCCUCGAAUAUUUUUACGCUGGUAAUACCAGAUUUUAUAUUUUCCUAUAAAAAUAGGUAAUGUGGGUAUAUGGAUAAUGGAUAAAUAAGUAAUAAAAUCACAUGUUAAUGUACAUUUACAAGUUAUUUUGUGAUGGGACAUGUUAAGCUGAACUUUACACUUAUACACAUAUACACGGUGUAGCUUGCACAUUGGCGGUAUUAGUGGUCUGCACAAAGCUAAUACGUACACUGACGCUCUUCGGGAUAAAGUAACCUAACACUAAAA